AUGGAAAAAUAUAGAGAAUUUUCCGAUGCUUCAACAGGAAUAAAUCCAUUUUUACCUGUAUGGGUUAAUAGAAAAUUAAAUUUUCAUGAAAAAUUAUUAAAAAUACUAUUAUUACCAUUAGUUAUUUGUCGAUUAUGUUUUAUUUGUUUAACAUUAAUUUUUAUGUUUUUUUUAAAUAGCAUGUUGAAAUUGCUAAUAUUUAAGUGUGUAAAAGACUUUUUUUAUCAAAUAAUUCAAACAAUUUACUGUAGAUUAUUGUUAUUUUAUUUAGGAUUUUUUUAUUUAAAUGAACAAUAUGCUAACAACAAAAGAAUUAAAAUAAAAUGUAAUAAACAAAAAAUUCCAUUUACAUAUGAUGAUUAUGGUCAUAUAUUUUUAUCAAAUUUUACAUCUUUUGUUGAUGUUUUAUAUUUAGCAUUUCGUUUAAAUCCUUUAUUUGUUGUAAUAAAUAAAAAUGGAAGUUUAUCUCCCGUUUGUUUUUUUGACAUCCUUAAGAUAUCAUUACAAUUUUCUAUACCCAACAAAUUGGGAUCAUUUAAAAAUAUAGAAGAAGUACAUAGUUAUGCAAAAAAUGAAAAAAUUCGAAAUGUUGUAAUAUUUCCUGAAGCUAUGAAAAGUAAUGGGUCUUGUAUACUCUUAUGGAAAAAUGAAAUAUUUAUGUAUUCUGAUCAUAUAUUAAAGAAUAAAUGUAACUUAAUAACAUUUAUUUAUGAAAUUAAUAUAAUUAAUGAAAAAUUAAAUCAAUUUUAUACUUCUCCACAUACCGUUUUUCAUCCAUUCAUUCAUAUAUCUCUUUUGUGCUUCAAUUUAUACAAUAAAAUUAAAAUAGUAUGGUUGAGCGAAAAAGAUAUAUCAGAAUCUUUAAAAGAAAAGGAAUUUGAAAAUAAUGAAGAGUUUAUAGGCAAUUUAAGAAGUUUAAUGGGGCAAAUGAAACCAAUAGGUGGUACAUUAGUUAAUGUAAAGGGAGAUAUGCUAGAAAAAUUUGUUAAUUAUUGGAAUUUAACAAGAAAAAAAGUGUACUUAUGA